CUAGCCACUAGGGCCAAAAGCAGCGAGGUUCCGAAGCCAUCCCUUUCAAACUCUCCCUCCCCCGUUGCCGGCCGCCUCCAUUUUCUUCCUUUCCAAUCUCUGCAAAGCUUCAACCGCUUCGCUCUUCUUUCCUUUCCCCUUCCUCUUCCCCUUCCCCCACACUCCUCUCCUCCUUUUCGUUUUGUUUUUCAUAACAUCCCAUAUACCCUUCAUACAUAAUGUCCGCCACUACCCCUAAGGCCGACGCGCCUACUGGCCUCGGCCUCUACUCCAGAUUCGCCUUCGCUGGUGCUGUCUGCUGUUCCGUCACUCACGGAGCUCUCACUCCUGUCGAUGUCGUCAAGACCAGAAUCCAGCUUGACCCCGUCACCUACAACCGUGGUAUGAUCGGUGGUUUCAAGCAGGUCAUUGCCAACGAGGGUGCUGGCGCUCUCCUCACUGGUUUCGGUCCUACCGCUGCCGGUUACUUCCUCCAGGGUGCUUUCAAGUUCGGAGGUUACGAGUUCUUCAAGCAGCAGUGGAUCAACCAGCUCGGUCUGGAGACUGCCUCCAACAACCGCACCGCCAUCUACCUUGCCUCUUCCGCCACCGCUGAGUUCUUCGCUGAUAUCGCCCUGUGCCCUCUUGAGGCCACCCGUAUUCGUCUCGUCUCCCAGCCUACCUUCGCUUCCGGUCUCAUGAGCGGUUUCGGUAAGAUCCUCAAGAACGAGGGUAUCGGUGCUUUCUACUCUGGUUUCGGUCCUAUGCUCUUCAAGCAGGUUCCUUACACUAUGGCCAAGUUCGUCGUUUUCGAGAAGACCGUCGAGGCUGUCUACGGCUUCGUUGACAAGAACUCCGUCUCCGAGGGUGCUAAGACUGGUAUCAACCUUGGCUCUGGUCUCAUUGCUGGUUUCGCUGCUGCCAUCGUCUCCCAGCCCGCCGACACUAUGCUCUCCAAGAUCAACAAGACCCCCGGUGAGCCUGGUGAGGGUACCGUUUCUCGUCUCAUCAAGAUCGGUAAGGAGCUUGGUCUCCGUGGCUCUUACGCCGGUAUCGGUGCUCGUCUCUUCAUGGUUGGUACCAUCACCGCUGGUCAGUUCGCCAUCUACGGUGACAUCAAGCGUCUCCUCGGUGCCACUGGUGGUGUUGAGAUCGGCAAAUAAGCGUCGAAUUGUACGAUUACUUGACUAUGUUAGACCUUUAGUUUUGAUACAAUGCAUAUAUAUUAGAUUAGAGCAUGGUUCUUGGAGC